AAUUGUUGGAACCCGACGUUCCUAUUAUUAAACCAAGUUUGGGAAAUGUGCUCGGCAAAGUUGUUACGUGAUUUGUGAUAUCCAUGUGCAAAUAAUGGCGCUCGAAAUAAGUGACGAGUAAUUUAACAAGUUUUUCAUUAGUGUUUGGAUUUAUUGACGAUUGUUGGCGAGACUGUGACGAGAAAAAAAAAGAGGGAACACUUCUUACGACCCGUUUUCACCAUGCUGAAAGGAAAAAUGCAGUCGAUGUGGGUGUCAAUUUUCAUUGCGAUUGUCGUGAUGGUUUUGAUGACUCCCUUUGCAAAAGGGCUCGUUUACGAGGACAACAGUAAUGGAUCAGAAAAUACAUAUGAGUCUAGUGCAGAAAUUGAUUAUCGUCUGCCAAAAAAGAUUUUACCAACAUCCUACGAGAUCAAUCUGUUUCUUCCUGAGAAAACAAAUUUUACAAACUUCGAUGGCAGUGUUAUUAUCCAAGCAUUUGCCGUUGAACCGACUGACGAGGUUGUACUCCAUGUCGGAAAAAUUACGAUACUCUCCUAUAAAAUUCACACGCCAAGUUCACCCUCGGUGGAAGCUCAUGGGGUUGAGUACGAUCCCGGAACAGAAAAAUACAAAAUUCUAUUAAAUUCGACACUUUUGGCAAAUGAAAAUAUGACGAUCGCAAUAAAAUAUCGUGGGAAUUUGAGAAACGACAUGAUCGGACUUUACCGAAGUUCUUACAUCGAUAAAGAUGGCGAAAUAAAAUGGUUGGCUACUACACAAUUCCAAUCUAUCCAUGCAAGACACGCUUUUCCCUGUUUCGACGAGCCGAGUUUCAAAGCAACCUUCACACUUCGAGUUCUCAUAUCAAAAAAUUAUUCCUGCCUGAGCAACACGCGAGCUGUGGAUUGGACGGAAAUUUCAGACGAACGUGUUUGGUGGACGUUCGAAAAGAGCGUCAGUAUGUCCACAUAUCUUCUUGCUUUUAUCGUUUCGAACUUUUCACGUCUCCAAAACGAAGUUGGUAACUUCAGCGUUUGGGCUCGACCCGAGGUGAUCGACGAGGCCAAAUUUGCCCUGGGAGUCGGACAGAGAGCUCUGCAACAACUGGAAUCCCUCUUCGAUAUAAAUUAUCAGCUCUACAAAAUGGACAUGGUUGCUGUACCAGAUUUUUCAGCAGGUGCAAUGGAAAACUGGGGUCUCAUCACUUUUCGCGAAAGCAGAAUGCUUUUUAAUGAAAAUAUCUCGUCCGUAACAUCGCAGCAAAAAGUUGCAGCGGUCAUUGUUCAUGAGUGCGUUCACAUGUGGUUUGGAAAUUUAGUUACCCCAACAUGGUGGGGCUACCUCUGGCUGAGCGAAGGUUUUGCCAGAUAUUACGAGUACAUGCUGACAGCAAAGCUUGAGCCAAGCUGGAAAAUGGAGCAACAAUUCGUUGUCAAUGAAUUACAAUCAGUGUAUGGUGCAGACGCUCUAGAUUCUGCGAACCCGAUGUCGAGGAAUGUUCUCAACGUAGAACAAAUAGGAACGUCAGGAGACACCAUAACUUAUGCAAAAGCUGCUAGCGUUAUACGAAUGAUGGAACUAUCCUUUGGAUCCGAUGUCUUCAAUCGAGCACUGCAGGGAUAUCUGAACACAAAGAAGUAUAGUUCAGCAACGCCGGAAGAUUUGUGGAUCGCUUUCCAACAGCAGGCAAAUGAAAAAAAUCUCAAUCUCGGAGCAUCCAUUGAAACGAUCAUGAACACUUGGACCAAACAAGCCGGAUUUCCAGUUUUGUCGGUCACUUUCACCAACGGAACAGUGAAGCUCAGUCAAAAUCGAUUUUUCCUACGAAAUGUAAAUUCAUCAGGAGCCAACGAAAUUUGGUGGUUACCGAUCACUUGGACAAGCGGUAAAAAACGAAAUUUCAUUUCGACAAUCCCGAAAUAUUGGCUCGGUCGGAAAAGCGGUGAAAUCAAAUUAUCGAACGUUGCUGACGACUGGAUUGUCUUCAACGUUAAACAAGCUGGUUAUUAUCGAGUCAAUUACGACAAAGAUUCCUGGUACCGCAUCAUCAAUAUAUUGUCGAGCGAACGUUUCGAGGAGAUUCAUGAAAUUAAUAGAGCCGCUAUCGUCGACGAUCUGCUGAAUCUCGCGAGAGCAAAUCUCCUGGAUUACGAUACAGCUCUUACGGGAUUAAAUUACAUAAAACGAGAGACUAAUUAUCUUCCAUUUAAGGCGGCAUUCUCGGCUCUAGAAUAUUUACACGAACGUUUCGCUGGGCAACCAAAUUAUCACGACAUCAAGGCUCACUCGUUGUCGAUCAUAAAGAAUACGUACGAAAAAUUGGGCUACGAAGAUCGAGUAGGCGAUGACAGGCUGACGAUUUUAUUACGACAAAAGAUAAACAAUUGGGCUUGCAAGUUCGACCAUGAAAUGUGUAUCGAAAAAUCGCGUUUUUACUUUUCGGAAUGGCGAACCAAGUCAAAAAUGGUACCUAAGAACCAAAAAGUUGCUGCAUACUGCUCUGCUAUAAGAUAUGGAAGUUCGGAGGACUGGGAUUUCUUGUGGGACCAAUACUUCAAGUCCAACUGUGCCUCCGAACAGGCAGUGAUUCUGGAAGCUUUGGCAUGCAGCCGGAAUACAACUAUUCUCGAAAAUUAUUUACUGAAAGCAGUGACUCCAUUCCACGAGAGUAGAAUACGCAAACAGGACAGCACAACCGUAUUCAAAGCAGUUUACUCCUCCGGAAUCCUCGGUGCUGAAUACGUCAUGGAUUUCGUCAAAAAGCAUCAUUCCAUUAUGGCAGAAUAUGACGGUGGAUAUGGAAUUGUCAACACAGUAUUGUCUGGAGCCUCGCGCUAUUACUCGACGGAAGACUUGAUAGCAAAAUUCGAAGCUUUAAUAAACAAUGAAUCCCAGAAAUUCGAGACGAUUUUGAGUCCGUUAAAGGCGGCUUUGGAGUUAGCAAAAUACGAGUUGGGAUGGUACGAAAAGAACGAGGGUGAAAUAAUGAGAUGGAUGGUUAAAAAUAACAAGGCAGAUGAUACCAGCAACACUACGGAUUAUCGAUUACCGACUAGUAUUGUGCCUAAAAGUUACGUCAUCAAGUUGACUCCUUACAUCGAGGUAGGAAAAUUCACGUUCGAUGGCUCAGUCGAAAUAACAGCAAGCAUUGUGGAAGCAACGUCGAAAAUAGUUCUUCACGUCGACGAAAUCGCUCUCAACUCAGUCCUCGUGACUGCAGACGGAAAAAAUAUUGGACUGAAAAGUAAAUUGUUGAAUGCGAAGUACAAUUUCGUGACUUUGAAUCUCGUCGAAAGUCUGAGUGUUGGGCAAACUGUAAUAAUCAAGAUCGGUUACACGGGGCAAUUGAACGGAGUCAUGAGAGGCUUCUACAGAAGCUCGUACAAGGACGAUUCAGGUGUAACUAGAUGGUUAGCAGCCACCCAUUUGGAGCCAGUAGGCGCCCGAAAAAUGUUUCCCUGCUUCGACGAACCGGCGCUUAAAGCAACUUUCGUUUUAUCUGUCAGCAGACCUGCUAAUUACAGUGCAAUCAGUAAUACUCCUAAGGAACGAGUGUUGGAAACUUUCGAGGAAACUCCAAUAAUGUCGACGUACCUCGUGGCCCUGAUCGUUUCCGAUUUCGACUCCCUCGUCGACAAAAACAACAAUUGUUCAACUUGGGCUCGACCGAAUGCAAUAAAGCAAGCUGAAUAUGCCCUCUCCGUGAUGGCACCUUUGGUGAAAUUUUAUGAAAAUGCCGUUGAUCAACCUUAUCAAUUGAAAAAACUGGACAUGGUAGCGGUCCCGGAUUUCGCAUCAGGUGCUAUGGAAAACUGGGGUCUCAUCACUUACAGGGAAUCCAACAUGCUCUACGAUCCAAACCAUUCACCAAUAACGUCGAAACAAUCAAUUGCGAAUGUCAUCUCUCACGAAAUAUCGCAUCAAUGGUUCGGUAAUCAAGUCAGCCCAAGAUGGUGGAAAUAUAUCUGGCUCAGUGAAGGAUUUGCGAGAUAUUUUCAGUAUCACGGAACAGCGAACGUCGAAACCGAAUGGGGACUGCAAUCACAAUUCGUCGUGGAGCAACUUCAAACCGCUUUUGCUGUUGAUUCUCGAGCGUCGACUCAUCCAAUGACUCAUGACGUAUACAGUCCUACAGAAAUAAGUAGCAUUUUCGAUUCAAUCUCUUACAACAAAGGCGCCAGUGUAAUCCGCAUGAUUGAAAAAUCAUUCGGCAGCGAAGUUUUCUAUGCAGCUUUACACGACUAUCUGAUUGCAAGAAGAUACAACGACGCAACGCCGGACUACCUGUUCGAAGCCUUCCAGAAACAGCUUAACUCAACGGUUUCAAAUGUGAAAGACUUACUAGAAAAAUGGACUACCCAAGCGGGAUAUCCAGUCGUGACAGUAACAAUAGGAACGGGAAACAUGCCACAACUUCACCAGAAAAGAUUUUACUUGAAAGACUACGAAGAUCCAGCGGAUGGAACGCUCUGGUCGAUUCCUCUAACGUGGGCAACGAAAUCGAAUCCUGACUUCUCAAAUACCAAGCCAAAAUACUGGAUGAGUCAAUCGUACGAUAACCCGAAACUCGAAAUUCCUGAUGACGAGUGGAUCAUCUUCAAUGUUCAGGAAUCAGGUUACUAUCGAGUGAACUAUGAAUCCGUUUUGUGGGAAAGGAUAAUUGAUGCUCUGAAAAAGGAUAAAGAAAUCAUUCACGAAGUCAAUCGAGCUUCCCUCAUCGAUGAUCUUUUGAUCCUCGCCCAAGCUGGUCAGAUUGAUUACAAAACAGCUUUAUCAGCAACGCAAUAUUUGAUCAAUGAGACUAAUUACAUACCGUGGCGUGCUGCCUUCAAUGGACUCGUAUAUUUGAACGGGCAAUUGAAAAAUCGAGGAGACAUUUACCAAUUGUACAAGACUCACAUUUUGACGAUUUUGAAUCCAAUAUUUCAAAAACUUGGGUUCAACGAAACUGCCUCAGAUUCACAUUACGACAAACUUUUGAGGAGAUACGUGGUCAAAUGGAUGUGUGACUUCGACGAAGGAAGCUGCGUUUCUACAUCGCUGAAAUAUUUCAAUGCCUGGAAAUCCAAUUCAAUUUCAAUUCCUGCAGAUUUACGAAGUACCGUUUAUUGUACGGCGAUGAAGCACGGUUCCAUGGACGAUUGGAAAUUUUUGUGGAAAAAAUAUUUGACCACAAACUUGUCAGCAGAAAGAGUUGUGAUUUUGAGUGCUCUUGGAUGUUCCACGGAUUCGAAUGCCCUCGAAAAACUUUUAACCCAGGCCAUAACCAAAGAUUCCGAAAUUCGAUUCCACGACACCUCGAGUGUUUUCUCUUCUGUUUACAGCUCUAGUUCACUCGGUGCUGAAUUCACAUUGAAUUUCAUCGAACGCAAUUACAUGAAUUUGUAUAAUCAUUACUCGGAUAGCAGCAAGAUCGCAAGCAUUUUAGGUGGAGUUUCUUCCAAUUUGAGGACGAAGAAAGGCAUACUAAAGUUCGAACAGUUCAUCAAGAACAAUCGCGAGUUUCUACGAUCGAUUGAGCCAUCGUUGAUCGACCAUUUGAAAGCUGCAAACGAAGAACUCGAGUGGUACAGCGAAUACAGUCCCGGAAUUUUUGAAUGGCUUGAUAGAACUUAUCCGAGUAGCGAUUUCCGUUUGCCAACGAAAAUUUAUCCAGAGAGCUACGAUAUUUACCUGAAGCCUUCUCUCGACGAGAACAAUUUUACGUUCGACGGUGAAGUGAACAUAAACAUGAUUGUCGUGGAAAAUACAUCGAGCAUCGUUCUCCUUGCAAAUGAAUUAACGAUCAAUGAAAUUAUCGCCUUCGUCGACGCUGUCGAUAUUCCCGGAGUUUCGAGCUACACGAUCAACGCAACCAGUCAUCGAUUCACUAUUUAUUUAAAAUCGCUCGUUCCUGCCGGCAGUAAACUGUUUCUGUACAUUUCCUAUACUGGCAUGCUCAAUGACAAAAUGGUGGGUUUCUACCGUAGCUCGUACGUUGAUAAAAAUGGCAAAACCCGGUGGCUGGCCAGCACUCAAUUCGAGCCGGUUUACGCAAGGAAAGCAUUCCCCUGUUUCGAUGAACCAGCUUUCAAAGCGAAAUUCACGAUCCAUAUUGAAAGACCGACGGAUUAUCGGACUCGCAGCAAUAUGCCGUGGCUUAUCUCUAAUCCAUCCACAACGGCAAAUCGGAUGUGGGAUUCUUACGAACAAAGUGUGCCCAUGUCCUCGUAUCUCGUCGCAUUCGUAGUGUCAGAUUUUGAGUUACUGACGAAUGACGCUGCCAACUUCACCAUUUGGGCGCGACCAGAGGCCGUUCAAUACGGCGCAUACGCUCUCGAAGUCGGGCAAAAAGUUCUCAGCUUCAUGGAACAAUUCACCGGCAUCGACUAUCCCAUUAAAAAAAUGGAUCUCGUCGCUAUUCCUGAUUUUCAAGCUGGCGCUAUGGAAAACUGGGGCCUCGUAACUUUCAGAGAAUACGGUUUGCUCCAACACCCGAACGUAACUUCUGCAUUAUACAAGAAAUAUUUGCAUACCACCGUGGCUCAUGAGCUCGUUCACAUGUGGUUCGGUAACUUAGUGACUUGUGACUGGUGGGACUACAUUUGGCUGCACGAGGGUUUUGCUCAGUAUUUCCAAACGAUUUCUGGUGAUCACGCAGCACCGGAGUUGAAGCUCCUUCAGCAAUUUGUCGCCUACGAGCUGCACUCCGCGAUGCAAUUCGAUUCUUCACCAUCCGUCCACCCGAUGAACAAUCGCGUCGUCGAGCCGGUGGCAAUCGCCGAUUCCUUCGAUACGAUUGCUUAUGCGAAAUCUGCCAGCGUCCUUCGAAUGAUGCACCAUGCAUUAGGGGCCAAACUUUUCCAAUCGGGACUCCGCACAUAUCUGGAAAAGAACAAAUACCAUAAUGCCGUUCCCAGCAAUCUCUCGUCGGCUUUUCAAUUUCACGUUGACAGAGAAAACUCCUUGGGCGUGUCCGUUGAAUCUUUGAUGAGCAGUUGGACCAAUAAUCCUGGCUACCCGGUUGUGAAUGCGACCUGGACGUCGGGUUCACUGACGCUGAGUCAAGAACGUUUCUAUCUCACCCGCCCCGAAAUGACGGAAGACGAGAUUACGAAUAAUUACUGGAUUCCAAUAUCAAUGACCACGAAAUCCGAAUCAAAUUUCACGGAUACUCUUCCGGACUUUUGGUUCGGUGAAAAACGAAUGAACUCAUCUUUGGCUCUGAAAAGCGAUGAAUGGUUCAUAAUCAAUAUUCAAGAAACGGGUUAUUAUCGCGUCAACUACGACGUCGAUUCCUGGAAUCGUCUCAUCGCUGGUUUGCGCUCGGAAAACUUUGGCGGCAUUGAUGAGACUAAUCGAGCUCAAAUCGUCGAUGACCUUCUCAAUCUUGCGAGAGUCGAUUACGUCACUUACGAUCUCGCUCUUGGGGUAACGAAGUACCUGGAAAAAGAGGACAAUCAUUUACCGUGGAAGGCAUUUUUCGAUGCUGUCGCAUUCCUGCAUCGACGAUUCGAUGCCCAUGAAAUCGGCCAAGAUUUUGCCGACUAUGUGCUUGGUCUCGUGGAACCACUGUACAAAGAAACUGGCUUUGUCGAUCUUCCUAAUGAAAAUCAAUUGCAACAACUUAACAGAGAAUUGAUACUCAGUUGGGCUUGCAAAUUGGGACACUCGGGGUGCAUCGAACAAGCGCAAGAUCUUUUCAACAAUUGGAAACAAGACGAGACGCAGUGGAUAUCGCCGAACGCAAGAUCUGCCGUGUACUGUGAAGCCAUAAAACACGGACUUGACGAUGAUUGGCAAUUCUUGUUUAACGAGUAUAAAAAAUCCGAAUUUUCGAGCGAAAAAGUCAUUAUUUUGAGAGCUCUGGGCUGUUCGAGAAACACAAGUACCUUGAACAGUUAUUUGAAGCUUGCAAUAUCCGACGACGAUACAGUCCGGUCGCAGGACGUAAAUACUGUUCUGGAUUCCGUUUCGAACGCCGAUAGUUUUGGUGUCGAUGCUAUGUUGGAUUUCUUGACGAUAAAUUACAGAGACCUGUGGAAAUAUUAUGGCAGCUGGACGAAUGUAGCAAGCUUGUUCGGAAGCGUGGCUGGAAAAAUGUCCACCGAAGAGCAAAUUCAAAAGCUUGAGCUUUUCGUGAACAGCUCAACACCGGAGCUCAUCGACAUAAAGUCGUCCUUGCAGUCAGCCGUUUCAGUUGCAAAGAGAAAUUUCGAGUGGUACGAAAAUCAUAAAACAUCCAUUCAAGUUUGGUUGACAAAAGCACCCGAUACAACGGAAUCGAGUGUCGAUGACUCAACGAAACAACCAGGAUCGGGUUCCAUUCAAACUUCGAGUUUGAGUCUCAUUUUAAUAGUGUCGUACGUCGUUUUUACGUUUUAGUACACACCGAACCAAGAGUCAUUUGUUCACUCAUGUGAAAACGUAUAACGAAAAAUGUAAUAUAAAAUUUGUGCCAAAAUUCACUUUCACC